CCCCGACUGCGGGGAGAUUGAUUCAUUUGCAUAAGUUGUGAGCGCUGGCGAAAACGUAAAGACUGACCGUGAGUCAAACUUCUGUUCGGCAUUUUAGCUCCAUGACCGGGACUCAAACCCGGCCAUAAAUAUGAAAGUCUGUAACAAGUCCACCUAUCUCACAACACCUUGUGACAAAAAUUGCCUAAUUCCCGAUGACGACCGAAAAUGGUGGUAUUUUCUGUGUACUAGCCUCGCGAUAUUUCUUGUAGGACUCGCUGUUAUUUAUAGUACUAGAGUUUUAAUACGGUCGUGUAACCUUAGAAAAAGAAAGCUAGGCCCUUCUAGUAAGGCAAAGGCGAAGGAUAAAAAUGGCUCAAGGGAAGAUCCACAACCUGGACUUUAUCUUCGCAUCAAAGAGCAGGCUGGAACCCUGCUAACAGCACAAACCUUCAAAGGACGUUGUUUUGUCAUCGUUUCAUUUUUAUUUAAUAUUUCAUAUGUGGCUCUGUACAUCGUCGAGUCUGGAUACCCUGUUGAACAUUGUCUGGAUUUGAAUGCACAAGUUUUAUGGCUAUUCGAAAUAGCUUUAAAUGCAUUUUUCGUUUUGCACUUUAUAUUACGGUUUCUUGCCGCGAAUGACAAGAUGCUGUUCUGGUGUGAUCCUCUCAGCCUUGUCGAUUUCUUUACUGUCCCUCAAGUCUUCGUUUCCAUAGUGAUCAAGCAAAACUGGAUCGGGCUGCGUUUUCUAAGAGCCAUGAUUUUCAUCAAACUGUCUGACAUCUUACAGAUAUUGGGGCUUGUAUCUUCAAGCUCUGGCAGCACCCUUGCAAAGAUGCUUGGGAAUUUAUUAGCACUUCUAUUCGCAUUUGGAGGCUUGGUCCAUUUGCUUGAAAACACAGGGGACCCAUGGGAUUUCUCGGUGCGCCAGGAUUGGAACUACUACGAGUGCAUCUACCUACUUGUGGUAACGAUGUCAACAGUUGGUUAUGGUGACUACUCGCCUAAUACCUACGUUGGAAGAUUUAUCAUGAUGAUAUUCAUCUGCAUAGGCCUGGGUAUUUUUGCAACGCACAUUCCGUACUUCAUGGAGUAUUUCGCCUCUCACACACCCUACCACGCGACGUACAAAAUAGCCGAGGGAAGAAAACAUAUCGUGAUCUGCGGGCACAUCACACAAGAUACUGUUGAUAAUUUCUUAAGAGAUUUUCUCCACGAGGACCGGUCAAAUAUUAACACUAAUGUGGUCAUCUUGGGAAGAACUUUCCCUGAUCCGGAGCUGGAACGAAUAAUCAAGAAAAAUUUUGUCCACGUGUCGUACUUCAUCGGGACGGUUUUGUCCGCCGAGGACUGUAGGCGAGUUAAGAUGCUGAGGGCAGAUGCGUGUCUUGUUCUUUGUAACAAAAGCUGUGCCUCACCUGACAAAGAGGACGAAGAAAACAUCAUGAGAGUUGUUGCCGUCAAGAAUUAUCACCCCGAGAUCCGGGUUAUCAUCCAGUUAUUGCAGUUUCACAACAAGUCGUAUCUACUCAACAUCCCAUCUUGGGACCCGAAGCUCGGUGACGAUGUGGUUUGUGUUGGAGAGCUUAAGCUUGGGUUUAUCGCACAGAGCUGUUUGUCUCCUGGCUUCUCCACCUUGCUCGCAAACGUCUUCUCGAUGAGAUCAAAUGAAUCGAGCACGGAACAAGAAGAUACCUGGCGCACAUGGUACAUCCGGGGUACUAACUGUGAGAUGUACACGGAGACGCUUGCGUCAACGUUCAAAGGCAUGAAAUUCAAGCAAGUCGCCGAAAUCUGUUUCGAAAAAUUAAAUCUGCUGUUGAUUGCCGUGGAAAUAACCAAAUCCGACGGAGAAAAGACGUUUGCGGUAAACCCUUCAGAGAAGUCUAUGACAAUUGCCAGCAAUACAAGGGGAUAUUUUCUCGCGGGAUCUUCACACGAAGUCAAAAGGGCGUUGUAUUACUGUCAGUCAUGCCAUAGCACCAUCACAGAUCCAGAAAUGAUUCGUGAAUGCGACUGCUCCAGACAGUCGCCUGCUAAGGAUGAUGAUGAUGAGGAAUUUGGGUUUCUUCUCACAACUCAGAUGCAACGCAAACAGCGUAGAGACCCUUCGGUUGCCGCAAGCAACAAGACUUUUCAGCCAGAAGACGACAACCCUAACGAGAACACAGUGGCGCUCAAGGCUACGGAUGACGAUAACGCCACCCGACUGUCAGCACUUAACCGGAUCCCGAACAAGAACAAAGGCAGCUACAAAGUGCUGAGCAAGCUCAAAGCUGCGGUCGAAGAAGCGAAAGACACUCGCGCCACACUGCUGACACCUCUACCAGGCUCCGCUGCGCAAAGUGAUCAGCAACAGGAAGAAAGCCUGCGAGAACAGCAACCCGUAGUCGGUGGCGAUCCCGCCCAAAUCAGGUUUGACGUGACUGGGACAUUCUACUGGGUCGCGGCCAAGCCCUUUGACGAGGCUAUAUUGACCCGUGAGAUGGCAUCCAACGUUAUCUUCACUCAUCACAUACUGGUUUGCGUGUUCAAUAAGAAGGAAGACCCUCUUGUCGGCCUCCGCAAAAUGGUUAUGCCACUGAGAGCAAGCAACUUACAUCGAUCAGACCUUAAAAAGAUAGUGUUCCUUGGAGAUAAAGAUUACAUGAAACUUGAGUGGGAAGAAAUAUGCAACUUCCACGAGGUGUAUAUCCUGCCGGGGUCGCCAUUCUGUCGAGCUGACUUGCGAGCAGUGAACGCGAAUUUGGCAGACAUGGUCGUUUUUCUGUCGGGAACGGCUGUGGAUCAAGCGGGUGACCCGAGGCUUGCCGACAAGCAAUCGAUUCUGGCGUCGCUCAACUUGAAGGCAAUGUCGUUUGACGACGCAAUCGGACUCACCAGGUCAGACACUCGAGAUGCAUUUAUCGGCCUUCCCGACGCAAACUUCGAAAAGGCGAAGGUUGAACGGAGGGGAUCGGCUUUCGGGUGCAACAUACCGAUGAUCACCGAGAUCGUCUACGAUCGCAAUGUUCAGUAUCUCGACAUCGAUGAUGAUGACGAUGAUGACAUGGAACUUUACCUUAGCCAGCCUUUUGCUUGCGGUACAACAUUCACUGCCUCUGUGUUGGACUCGCUUAUGAGCUCGACUUACUUCAAUGGAGACAUUCUGACACUGGUGCGUAACCUGGUGACUGGUGGAGUGAACCCGAUCCUGGAGGAGCAGCUUGCCGAGGGUGAUGGACUCAAGGGAGGCUACGAUUUCCCCGAGACGGCGGAGAUACGCGGUAGAUGCAAGAUCACGCAGGUCUCACUCUACGAUGGACCUCUCGCGCAGUUUGGGGACGGUGGUCUGUAUGGAAGCAUGUUUCUUCACGCGCUCAAGUUCUUCUCUAUGAUUUGCCUUGGUGUCUACAGAUUCCGCGACAGUAACAGCAUGAUGACCGCACCUUCAUCCAAGCGUUACGUCAUAGCAACCCCUCCGUACAGCUUCGUCCUACAGCCCACCGAUCUGGUCUUCGUGCUAGCGCAUUCCAACGAAGAACUGGACCGAGUCUUCGCUAAGGAGUGAGUGACCAGCGUGCACAUGGAUCUCGCGCAUGCGCCGACUGGCAAGACGCCAGGGACUGGAUCAACGUCCACGUCACUCUCGUCUCAUGUUACGUCACUUCCAGUCACGUCACUUCCGGCAAGGCAUUCGCGUUCGCGGUGAAAUGGCAUCGGGGAAAUAAGUGGAGAUGGAGAAAUUUAACAAAUAAUUUAUUUUCGAAAAUUUUGCGGCCACUUGAUGUUAUUGUCAAGUGGAACGUUUUGUAUACUUUUGGCAGUAAGGUUUAGUAGGAUGAUAUUACCUUGCCUUACCCGUGUUCAGCUGUAGUGCAAGUAGAAAGUGACUGUAUUGCUGAGGGUAUCGUUGAUAUAGACGCUUUGAUAUGCGAAACCUGUGGUGAUAUUCAGGUCCCUGAGGAUAUAGAUAGAACAGGAGCUGGGAUUUGCUGUGAGAAAACGUUUAGCUCCUUUAAUUGGAAAUGUUUUCACUAAACAACGGUCCCUAAAAGACUAGAUUGGGGGACAAACACGGGAGUCUAAACCCCAUUCAGGUCCCGGGGGCGGAUCUAGCUUUUCGCUAAAGGGAGGGGGGAUUUCGCUGAGUGACAAAGGGGGAGGGGGUAUUUUUUUUGUUACAUGUGGCCCUCUGGACGCCCAAAGGGGGGGUUAAAUCCCCUAAACCCUCCCCCUAGAUCCGCUACUGGGUCCGGUGGUAAUGCUUUUACAAAAGGCUUAAAGUGCCUGUGGGUUCUAUAACGACUGAGGUAUAUCGUGUUGGGUUAGGGGGGAAGCCGAGAUAUUUAUUAGGAGGGGGGAUAAAAUAUAUCUCUUAUGCGCACAUACACACAUGUGCUUAUACUGUAGUAUUAUGCAAAAUGUGUUUCAAAGACGUGUACAGGUGUCGCAUGACCAUGCUUCUAUGUGACAUUGUUGUAAGACUUUUUUAUACGUCUGGUACAUGUUUUACGUGUGUGUGAGCAAUGUUAUAGUGUAUAGUAUAUAUAGUACAAUGUGUUUCAAGUACGUGUAGCAUGGAUGUGCUUUUAUGAGACAUUGUAAAACUGUGUUAUAAAUGUGAUAGUUGUAUAUAUACUGUAUAGCAUUUAGUACUGUGUCAAAAAGACAUGUAGCCUGAGCGUGUUUAUGGACUUUGCCAUAAAUGUGAUACAUGUGUAUAGUAUAAAGUACAUUAUGUGUUAAAAAGACGGGUAGCAUUAAUGUAUAUUCAUGUGACAUUGUUGUAAGACUUUGUGAUGUGUGGUAAAUGCUGUACAAGUAUGCGUAUAGUGUUAUAUAGUACAUGUUUUACAAACACGGAUAGCAUGAAUGUGUCUAUAUGUGAUGUGGUUACAAGUCAUAAAUGUGAGUCUGUUGUUAGUGUAACUUCUGUGUUUGUCAAAAAGCUCUGCAAACCUGAUAUACCCCUAUCCAUGAAAUUUAACUUUUGAGAUGUGUGACUUCCUUCUGAUAAUUUGGACUUCCUUUUUGAAUUAACGUCUGACCCCUGUGUAUUGUGCUUUGUCUCGACACUGCCCCACUCUUGCUCCACUUCUGUAGAACACAAGACGCCCCUAACUGUAUGACAUGUGAUGUAGCCUGAUUAUCGGGCACGUACGAGAGUCCGCCUUUGUUCCCCUCUCUCCCUCCACCACAGCGUUAUCUAGAGAGAGGGAGAGAGAAAGAGGGUGGAAGGGGUGGAAAAAUGGGGAAAAAGAUUGGAGGGUGGAGAAAGGGGAAGAAUGGUGGAGAGGGGUAAGAUUUGACAUCUCCACUGACUCAUAUUACAAUUGAAGAAGAACAGCUGAAUAUGACGAAUACAUUGCGGGGUCGUAGCUUACAGGUAUAACAAUUAGAGUGGAAAUCCCCCCUCCAGCUAGCAGUGGAAGCUUGGAUCCUCUUACAAAAAUAAAUCGUAUUUUCGUGUUGUCUUCUUAGGGGUUUGUGUUGUAUUACAGGAAUAACAGUUAAACGUAUUUAUAUGAAACACUUAUGCUACGAGGCUACUUUUUUGUUAAAACUUUGUGUGGACGAAUUGACUCUAUUUUUGUGGACGAGUUGACACUAUUUGUGGACGAGUUGACUCAACUUGUGGACGAAUUCGUUGUGGACGAAUCGGUUUGUGGACGAAUUGACUGGAUACCAUAUCAAUGUAGUAAUGGAAACAUCAAAUCAAAAUGUCUAUAUCACAGAACCCUCACUAAUACGGGCACGUAGAUAAGCGUUAUCCGUAUAGGUCGUGCUCCAAAACGUCUAAAUCAAUGCCUUUAACCUCAUUAAUACGGUCACGCCUAUUAUAAUAUCAUCCAUGUUUUAAUAUUUAACUUACUUUUCAUAAGCGGUCAGGCCUGCCAAGCCUGGGAUUGGUGGAAAACAGUUUCAUAAGUUACCUCUGCCUUAUGGGUGUCACGCUCAGUAAUGCUUGCCGAGUGUCACGCAUAUUCGAGGCUGAGGGUCACGUAAUAUGGUUGAAUACUCAGUCAAGCAGAGCCAACCAUUUGCUCAUACAAACUACCAAUUUUCACGUUUUCAUUGACAAUCAUAUUUAACUCACCGGCAUUCAAUUUUACGUCUCGGAAACUUUAUUUCACAAAAUUAUUAAUGAAUUGCUUUCAAUUUAAGGAAACAAUUCUCUGAGUAUGCGCACAAUGGACUGUAACAAGAAGUCCCAAAAUAGAGUUAUGAAAGCAUGUCGAAUGCAUGGAAAAUUCCAAGAAACAAAUCCACAUGUUCGACGAUACAAUGAUACUUUAUAUAAAACGCUUAAAGCGUAUGCAAGUGUAUUGAUAUAAGGAUGUUAAAGUAUGAAUCAAGUGUUUUUAAAUUCAAAAGCGUUCGACCUAUCUCUGCAUACAUUAGUUUUUAAUGCAAUCUUAUAAGUCUGCCUUAAAAUAAAAGUUUCAUUUUGAUUUUUACCAAUCAAUUCGUAGAUGGUAUUAGAAAAAGUUUAGAUAGCUCAAUUAAGAGAUACUAGGGCUUGGUAUGUUUUAAAGACAGUGUCACAAAUUUCCAUUAGGGUUUGAAUGGCAAAAAUAUAUACGAUGUAAAUUAAAAAGAUGUUGAAAAACUUGAUAAGCUAUUUAAAAAUAAUGUUUUGACGACAAGGAUAAGUAAAACAUUGGCUGAUUUAGACAUGUCUUUGCCCUGAAUUACACACUACAACUUUCGAAGUCGAGGAUCGUAAGCGGAGUCGUAGGCUGAUUUCCACUCUACGACUCGCGAGUUGUUGAGGUGUCUCGGGCAAACUGUUUUAUUGUCGACAUCGUUCUAUACUAUAUUCAGAUUACUUUAAAUAUAUUUAUUAAUUUACUGAUGACCGACUUCAUCCGACUGGCUUGACGGUAAUAGAAAAUCUGAUGACAGGGCUUGAUGGUUGAAUCGCAUGUCAUAGUGAAUCAACCGUCUUUAAUUGAUAUUUUCUUCUUCUAAAGAUCCGUCACACAAGUCGGAAUCGUUUAUUUAUAACGUUUCAUCUCUGUAAAAUUUUUAAAUUUGUAUAAAGAUUAUGUAAAGCCUAUUGUUGUAAAUAAUAUGGUGCAAUAAAUAAGCCCUUGUCACAUGA